UGCUGAGGUACAAAAUGGCUUCUGGACUCCAGGCUGAGAUCUGGACCGAAGAGAUCAUUUGCCCGGUUUGUCUGGAUUUCUUCACUGAUCCUGUUAGCCUGGGUUGUGGCCACAACUUCUGUCGCUCCUGUGUCACCCGGAGCUGGGAAAAGCAGGAGAUCAACUGCUGUGCUGUUUGUCAGGAGACAUUUCCAGAAAAGAACCUCACAGCCAGUUGGGCCUUGGCGAGUCUAGCAGAGAAAGCACGAAAAUUGGGCCUGACCCCGACACAGACGGAAAGUAAACUUCACUGUGACAAACACCGGGAGGAACUGAAGCUGUUCUGUGAAUCUGACAAGAAACUGCUGUGUGUAGUUUGCAGUCAUGGGCAGGAACACAGAGGCCACAGCUUCCUACCCAUUGAGGAAGCUGCUGACAUCUUUAAGGAUAAAUUGAAAUCCUCCUUAGCUUCUCUCACACAGAGAAAGGAAACAGCUUUAGAAGCAGAAGCCAAACAGAAAGAAAAGAUUUCUCAACUGAAGGAACAGGUGAACAGUCUGCAGACCCACGUCACGGGUGAGUUUGCUAAAAUGCACCAGAGUCUGACUGACAGAGAGCAGCGAGUGAUGGGGGAUCUCAGACAGCGAGAGGAGGAGAUUCUAAAGAGAAUGGAGACAAAUCUGCGAGAGAUUCAGUGCAAAUUAGAUUCUGUUGAACAACAACUCUCCGAGUUAACGGCACAGCUGGGAAAAGACGCUCCCACCUUCCUGCAGGAGGAAGCUGCUGCCAACAGAAGGGUCAGUGACGAGGUGUUUGAUCUGUCAGUGUGUGAGGAUGACCUUCCUGUGUCCAAGUACAAAUGGCCUUUGAAGAACACCGUCUGGAGACAGAUUAUAGACAACAUCAGCCCAGCUCCGGCCUCUCUGACUCUGGAUCCUGACACAGCUCAUCCCAACCUCAUCCUGUCUGAGGACCUGACCAGCGUGAGACCCGGAGACACACGGCAGCAGCUCCCGGACUCCCCGAAGAGGUUUGAUCCCUGUGUCUGUGUCCUGGGGUCUGAGGGCUUCACAUCAGGGAGACAUUACUGGGAGGUGCAGGUGGCCAACAAGACUGAGUGGGAUGUGGGAUUGGCCCGAGAGUCUGUCAACAGGAAAGGAGAGAUCACACUGUCACCAGAGGAUGGAUUCUGGGCUGUGAUACUGAGAAACGGGGAUGAAUAUAAAGCUGGUACAUCACCUGCCACCCGCCUGCCCCUGAGAGAGAGACCCGGGAAGGUGGGAGUGUUCCUGGACUAUGAGGGGGGAGAGGUGACAUUUUACAACGCUGAUAACAUGUCUCAUCUCCACACUUUCACCCAGACUUUCACUGAGAAACUUUAUCCGUACUUCAGUCCCGGUUUGAACGACGGCGGCAAAAACUCUGACCCUCUGAGGAUCUGCCGAGUGACAGAUUAAUGAGAAGGAAAUCCUCAGCCAUGACCUGUGUUUGGCUGUGAUGGCCACGAGGCUGAACCUUUUAUAAUCUGUGUCCUUAUACAAUAAACCGUGUAGUUUAUAUGACACCUUUCACACUGGGACCGCGGCUCAAUCCUUUCUCGGAAUCGACUGCGAAGCGACGGUUGUGUUUGUGAGCGAAUAUAGAGCUAAUUUGCGCAGAGAAAAGUCUAAAGUAAGUCAACUAUGACAUAAUGAACAUCAGUCUGGAGCUUUCAGCUCCUGAUCUCGACAAUAAUAAUCCCCACAUUGUACACAGCUCCUCUUGACUUCUGCCAGACGUCUCAAUGCCUAUCCCAGGCUUUAUAAAUCUGCGUUAAUCCCAAUGAUACCCAUGGGGUUUAUCAUUGGCUUUCUGUUUAAAUAAUAAAGCGCUCUCUGUGUACAACACGGGAAACGGUUUUAAAAGCCCCCAUUUCCGCGGUGUUUCAAGUGCAAUAGUUUAAUAAACCCCAAUGUUUCCGUUAAUCACAAUGAUAUAAA